AUGUGUGACGACGAGGUAGCUGCUCUCGUAGUGGACAAUGGCUCCGGUAUGUGCAAAGCCGGAUUCGCCGGAGACGAUGCUCCACGUGCCGUCUUCCCUUCCAUCGUUGGACGUCCUCGUCAUCAAGGAGUCAUGGUUGGUAUGGGACAAAAAGACUCCUAUGUAGGAGAUGAAGCCCAAUCCAAGAGAGGUAUCCUUACCUUGAAAUACCCAAUUGAGCACGGUAUCGUCACCAACUGGGAUGAUAUGGAGAAGAUCUGGCAC